CUCUCUCUCGCAAAUGUAUAUGACCCACAGCAUAUAUACGUAGACAGGGAACACGACCACACUGCUUGUUGCCCGUCACAUACCAGCACGACCCAUUUGAGUAGUUAAUCCUCUUUCAGCAGACUUUUCCAACCCUACCAAGUUCAUAUCUUCUUGCUUUUAACAAGCCAAAAAUCCUCUCAGCUUCCCUUCAUUUUCUAGUCCCAGAAAAGUUGCCUCUAGACACAAAAAAUUAAGAUGUUCAAGAGAAACAACUCACAGUUGAUCAAAGCUUCAAAACAAAACAUGACCACACACCGUCAAUGGAAGUCGAUCUGUCGCUGUUUUUUGAAACCGCCAAGUUCUGAUAUGGAUACCAAGAAUGAGGAAAUUAGUACAAGAUCAAGAGAAUUGAGAAACAGUUGUGGAGAGAGGUACAAGAGAUCGGUAGGCAAAAUAACCCCUACAACUUCUAUACUUGAUGGAUCUAAUGUUUAUGGCAGAGAGAAGGACAUAGAGGUCGUUCUUGGAUGGUUACUGAAGGGAGAAGCAGCUAUCAAUGGAAGGGUUUUUGUGGUAGCUAUAGAUGGGAAGGAAGGGGUUGGCAAGACCACUCUAGCUCAGCUAGUGUACAAUGAUGACACAGUGGUCAACGCUUUUGAUUUGAGAGCCUGGGUUUUUGAUGAUUCAGAAUUAGACUUUGAUGUUGUGAGCAUAACAAGAACAAUCCUGCUGAGCGUUACAGCUGAUCACGCUUGCAAUUGUAGUGAUGAUUUGGAUUUGCUUCAGGUGAAGCUAAGAGAGAAACUUUCUGGAAAGAGCUGUUUAAUUGUGCUAGAUGAUGUUCGCAAUCUGGACUAUGAACGGUGGGAUCUUCUAUGCCAACCCUUUGCAGGCUCUGAAGUUAAAAUAGUUGUGACCACGCUAAACAACAGCGUCCCACCAAUCAUGGCUGCCAUCUCCACUCACCAUCUAGAGGUGUUAUCAUAUGUCGAUUGUCUGUCAAUGCUUUUAGACCAUGCGAAGGCAAAAUCAAAGUUUGACACAGACCCAAAGCUUCAAGCAAUUAUGGAAAAAAUAGCCAGAGAAUGUAAAGGCUUACCACGGGCUGCAAAAGAUUUUGGGGGCAGGCUGCUUUCUACUCACUAUAACGAUAUUGGGAGAAGAUAUAUCGAUUUGUGAGAUAUACGAGGACGAAUGGUAAACAAUGGUAAUUAAGAUCCAUAAAAGCUAAUAUAUUACUAUUUCUAUUAAAGUUUGCACCUAAUUGAUGGUGAGGUGAGAAGCAACCCACUUCAUGAUUUGAGCACUCUUUACCUCUUUGGACAACUCACUUCAUGUAUCCUAGGGCAGAAAGAAACCAUGCAUGCUUUUGGGAUCGGAUCAUCUUCUUUCCCAUUUUGAGGAGAUCACUUCUGCAAUUGUUCCACCUCUCAAAAGGACUGAAAAUUUGACAAGGAUGAUUUAGUCAUGUUGUGGACAUAGGCGGAGGGGCUUUUACCAUCACCAAUCGAUGUUUUUUUUCAAGUCAUGCAUGAUUCUUUCAGGUAUCAAGUGCUCCCUGUACAUCAACAAUUGUGGGUUUUAAGUUCUAACCAGCCUCCUUGGAGGUCUUGCUAAAUUUUGAGUGGCAAGAUGAAGUUUUAUCCCAAACAUUGAUGACGAUGUGUUAGGUAGGUUUUCUAUACAUAGAAAGUCUUGCAAAUUUUUCUAUUUGUCGUUCAUCCAUUCAUUACACUGGGCACAUAAAUAGGGCCUCACAAGUAUUUUGACUACUUCUAUAAGCAGAAAGAAAUGUAGUCUCCCUGGUGGUAUUAUUCAGGUUUGAUUUGUGGUAGGGGUUGUAGCUAUAUAGGUUCAGGUUUGUGAUAAGAUAUAUUAGUCUACCUAUAUAGAUGGAUAUAUCAUUUCUGUGAACACAGGCAUAGUCUUGGCUGUUCAUAGAGCAUAUCUGCACUACCUAAGUUUAGGGUUAUUGUUUAGAGUAUACAUGUCUCAGAAAUUAGUUCCAUGUAUAUGUUUCCAAUAAGAUCAGUUUCCUCCUGUUGGUGAUCAUGCACGCAUAGUACUGAGAACAUGGACUGGUAUUUUUUUUAUAAGCCAAAUUCUUUUAGAACAACUGGACGAAGGAUGGUUAAUUAGUGACUAGAGCAGCGAACAACUGGUCCAUGUUCUUUACUUAUGUGGUUACUGGAAGAAUUUGGCAACAGAUUCUUCAGUUUUGUGGCAGCAAUAGGAUGGUUAGUGACUGGAGCAAUGAGUUUUGCUGGACGAAGAAACACUUGCAGAAGCAAGUUUUGCAGUCUAUUGUCACAAGACUUGCCUAGUGCAUUUUGGUGUUCCUUAAUUUGUUCUUGCUGCUUCUUGUUUUAUGGUUAUUUUAACUGUUGCAACGAA